AUGGAUAACACCCACAAUGUGACUGAAUUCAUUUUUCUGGGACUCUCUCCUAAUCAGGAGGUGCAGAGGAUUUGCUUUGUGAUGUUCCUGCUCUUGUACACAGCUAUCGUGCUGGGGAAUCUCCUCAUGGUGGUCACUGUCACAGCCAGCAGAAGUCUUGGGUCCCCCAUGUACUUCUUCCUCAGCUACCUGUCCUUCGUAGAGAUCUGUUACUCCUCAACUACAGCCCCUAAACUCAUUGUCGAUCUUCUGGCUAAAAGAAAAUCCAUAUCUGUGUGGGGAUGCAUGACACAGCUUUUCUUCAUCCACUUCUUUGGUGGCAUUGAGAUGUUCCUGCUCACGGUGAUGGCCUAUGACCGCUAUGUGGCCAUCUGCAAGCCCCUGCACUAUACCAGCAUCAUGAACCGGCAGGUGUGCGCUGUCCUUGUGGGAAUAGCGUGGGUGGGAGGCUUCGUGCAUUCCUUAGCCCAGAUCCUCCUCAUCUUCCAUUUGCCCUUCUGUGGUCCCAAUGUCAUAGACCAUUAUUUUUGUGACGUGCUUCCCCUGCUCAAACUUGCCUGCUCAGAUACCUUCCUCAAUGGUCUUCUGAUUGUUGCCAAUGGAGGGUCACUGUCUGUGAUCAGCUUUGUGGUCCUCUUAGCAUCCUAUGUGGUCAUCUUGCUCCAUCUGCGGACCCGGAGCUCUGAGGGACGGCGCAAAGCCCUGUCUACCUGUGGGUCCCACGUCACCGUGGUUGUCUUGUUUUUUGCACCCUGUGUCUUCAUCUAUCUGAGACCUUCUGCAACUCUGCCUGUAGACAAGAUGGUAUCUGUGUUCUACACAGUGAUAACUCCCCUCCUCAAUCCCAUCAUCUACUCCCUGAGAAAUACAGAAGUGAAGAAGGCCAUGAAGAUUCUAUGGAUCCAGACAAUGAAAGUAGAUAAGAAAUAG